UCGUCUAAUCAUCCAUCUAACUGUGACUUGACCAUUUUAACAUUUUCCACUGAUUAAAUAUUUAGCUUACUUGGUGGAAUUUAUAAUCCUUUUGUGCCAUUGUUUAUUGUGUUAGCCAGCGAGGUUGCUUAAUAGUAUGCAGGUGUCGCACAAUUGUCAGAACAGUUGCUGUGAUGGGGCUGCCACCGCCUCACCGAUGAACCAACCGACGAGGAUUAUGAGUUCAGGAAAUAAAGUCAUACAAAUGUUGGCUCGCCAAGAAGUAGUGGACCAGUUUCUGCCCCUGAUUCCCGGGCCAGAAAUAGACGAGAGACACGCGAAGCACGGAAUUAGGAUUGGCGAAUGGGUAGAUCCUCCCACCCGCCGUCCAUGCUCAUGCCGCUUGCUGACUGGAUGAAGAUGAUAUACUUACUGAAUGACGACUGACUUGUAGGUAAGAAGAACAUUAAGAAGGAAGAAAAACGUGAAAUAAAAAACAGGGGAAGACGAAGGAAUUGAGAAGAAGAGAGAGGGAAAGGUCCAGAGAUAAGAAAAGGGAAUGAUUGAUCUUGCUGGCAGUCCUCCGUCACUUCCAAGCAUGCAGAGGAAAAGCUCAUUGGGUCUUCCGGCGCCCGUCUCUAUUCCCCUCUGCGCUCUCCUCUUCUACCUGCGGCUUUAAAAUAUGAUGGCAGCCCUCUGAAUGCACGCGUAGAUUCCAUACAUCAUACGCCAACCCCUCCGACGACAAGCAUUCGUUCGUGGCUGGCAUACAUGGAUUCCUCCGGGUGGUUGGGUUUGGACGGCGCGAGCAUUAUCAGCGCGGUGGCCGCCGCCGGGCCUUACCUUCUCUGCGCCGUAGCCCUGGUGGUGCUACUGGAGCAGCUCUCUUACCUCCGUAAGAAGGGGCCCCUUCCUGGCCCCACCUUCGUGGUGCCCUUCCUCGGCAGCGCGCUUCCCAUGAUCCUGAACCCCACCCGCUUCUGGGACCGGCAGGCCGCCCUCGCCCGCGCCUCCGGCCUCGGCGUCUCCGCCAACUUCCUCGUCGGCCGCUUCAUCGUCUUCGUCCGCUCCACCGAGCUGUCCCACAAGGUCUUCGCCAACGUACGCCCCGACGCCUUCCACCUCAUCGGCCACCCCUUCGGCAAGAGGCUCUUCGGCGACCACAACCUCAUCUACAUGUUCGACGAGCAGCACAAGGAGCUCCGCCGCCGCAUCGCCCCCAACUUCACUCCCCGCGCCAUGUCCACCUACGUCGCCGUCCAGCAGCGCGUCAUCAUCACUCACCUGCAGAAAUGGCUCGACCAGGCGUCAGCGUCGAAGUCGCAGCCCGUCGCGCUUCGGCUCCUCUGCCGUGACCUCAACCUCGAGACCUCGCAGACCGUGUUUGCGGGGCCGUACCUCACCGCGUUCGCCCGCCAGCAGUUCAACCGGGACUAUAACCUCUUCAACGUGGGUCUGAUGGCCAUCCCCUUCGACCUCCCGGGCUUCGCCUUCCGCCGCGCCCGUCUCGCCGUGUCCCGCCUCGUCCGCACCCUCUCCGGCUGCGUCGCGCAGAGCAAGGAGCGGAUGCGCACCGGCGCCGAGCCCACCUGCCUCGUCGACUUCUGGAUGCAGGACACACUGCGCGAGAUCGAGGAGGCCGCGGCCUCCGGGGCCCAGCCGCCGCCACAGUCCGGCGACGUCGAGAUCGGAGGCCACCUGUUCGACUUCCUCUUCGCCGCGCAGGACGCGUCGACGUCGUCGCUCCUGUGGGCCGUGACGCUCCUCGACGCGCACCCGGACGUGCUGGCCCGGGUUCGAGCGGAGGUGGCGGCCGUGCUACGAACGCCGAGUUGGUCCGGGCAGCCCAUCACCGCGGAGCAGCUGCGGGAGAUGCGGUACACGGAGGCUGUGGCGCGGGAGGUGGUGCGGUUCCGGCCACCGGCGACGAUGGUGCCCCACAUCGCGGGGGAGGCGUUCCCUCUGACGGACUGGUACACGGUGCCCAAGGGGGCUAUCGUGUUCCCGUCGGCAUACGAGUCGUCGUUCCAGGGGUUCGCGGCGGCGGAGCGGUUCGAUCCGGACCGGUUCUUCUCGGAGGACCGGGAGGUGCAGAAACGCCACUUCCUGGCCUUCGGCGCCGGGCCCCACCAGUGCGUGGGCCAGCGCUACGCCAUCAACCACCUCGUCCUCUUCAUCGCCCUCUUCACCUCCCUCGUCGACUUCCGCCGCCACCGAACCCCGGGCUGCGACGACAUCGCCUACGUCCCCACCAUCGUCCCCAAGGACGACGGCCUCGUCCACCUCGCCAAGCGCACCUGCGAUCGCAUCUCCCCUUCGUCCCCUUCCUCCUCGUGAGCUGGCUUUCACAGUUUCCUCACGUCCUUUGCUCCUCGUGCCUCGUGUCCGGUGGUGGGUGGUCCGCUCUCCAUUUAUUUAUUUUCUUCUUCUCCUCCUCCUCUCUUUUCUGUAUUUCUCGAUAUCUCAAAUCCACAGGGAAAUUUAUUGUUCGUUGGGUCGUUGGAUCCUCCAA